AUGGCAUUUAAUCCUUUCGAAGUCAAUGUUGUGGACACGCAAGAAGCUCAAGAUGAUUUUGAAGACACUGAGUUGAUAACUCACGUAGAGGCCUCUACUACAUGGACAGUUUGGAGGGAUAAUAUGGCCACUCAGAUAUACAGCCAUUUAGCAUUGCAAAUGGCUGAAAAUAAUCAACCAUCAAGGAAAAGAGUCAACCAUACUUGGUCAGGGGAAGAGGACAAAAUACUAGUUGAAUGUCUGCUUGAAAUCGAUGAACUGUGGAAAGGAGAUAAUGGUUUCAGGCCUGGAUUUGCAACUCAAUUAGAGAAGAUGAUGGGUUACAGGAUACCUGUAUGUACUUUGAAAGGUACUCCUCAUAUCACAUCAAGAAUUAAACUGUUAAAGAGGCACUACAAUGCCAUAUGUGAAAUGAUUGGAUCAGUUAGAGGCAGUGGCUUCGGUUGGAACGAUAAAGACAAAAUGAUAGCUGUUGAAAAGGAAAUUUACAAUGAAUGGGUUAAGAUCCACCCAAAUGCUAGAGGCCUUUACAUGAAGCCAUUCCCUCACUUCGAUCAAUUAGGACUAAUAUUUGGGAAAGACGGUGCAACUAGGAAUGAUGUAGAGGGGCCACAAGAUGCUGUGGAUGAAAUUGAGAAAGAAGUGGUUGCUGCUGCUGAGAGUGGGAUUGGAGCAGAUUACAUCUUUGAGUGGUUAGGUGACACAAUGCAAACAUCUCAUUAUGAGAUGACAGUUGUGGACAGUGCCACCCAAGAUGCACCAUCACAGUCCCCUGUGUCAACCUUUGUUGCUAAAAAAGGUAAGAAACGCGGCAGAUCUGAUGAAGAAUUGGUGGUUUUGGUUGCUGAUGCUAUGAAGGAUCUAAACCAGAAUUACAAAAACAGUAAUGAGAAUAUCAGUAAGUUGGUUCCUUGUUUUAAAUAUCAAGCUGAGGAUCGAGACAAAAGGAAAUCAAUUCUUGAAGAAUUGAAAAAGAUUGAAGGGUUGAGUGUGCCACUGCCUCAAGGGUUCACAUAG